UUUAUCGCUUUUCGUCUUUUUAGAUUUGGUGCUUCGUGAUUUUAAAUUGUAUUCUUUAUAAUUAUUUUGACAAAUAAUCUAAAAUUAUUUUACAUACACCACAAACAUAUAUAACUACAAUUUCCACAAAUAAUAAUAUCGAGAAACAUAUAAUUAUGCGAAAUAUAAAGAGAUUAUAUCAAAGAUUGUUAAGGCAAUAUCCUGUGGGUACACAAGCAGUACAAGCUGAAUGGAAUAUGUAGGCAUAUUAAUGGGACUUGGUGAUCAGAUUGCACAGAAUUUUAUAGAUAAUUCAAAAACCAUUGAUUUUGUACGUACAAUGCAAUUUGCAGGCAUUGGUUUUUUUAUUAGUGGUCCAGUGACGAGAACAUGGUAUGGGAUCUUAGAUAAAUACAUAGGCUCCAAAAGUUAUUCUGUUGCAAUUAAAAAGGUUGCUUGUGACCAACUGUUCUUUGCACCUAUAUUUUUAACAGUUUUAUUAAUUUCUAUUGGUAUUUGCCAAGGAAAAGAUAUUGAAAGGCUCAAAAUUAAAUUAAAAAAUGAAUAUAGUGAUAUUUUAAUUAACAAUUACAAGCUGUGGCCUAUGGUACAACUUGUAAAUUUUUCUUUGGUACCUUUGCAUUAUCAAACUCUAGUUGUACAGUCAGUUGCUUUACUAUGGAAUAGUUAUAUUUCAUAUAGAACAAGUUUGGACAAACAUAACAAAUUUAUAUAACAUGUAAGUGAUAAAUUAUAAAGAGAGGUAGUAUAUUAUAGCCCUUAUAAGUAUUAUGGCUACUCGUAAUUUCAUGAUUAGGUAACAAAUUUUAGUAAUUACUUAUGAAAUCUUUUUGCUUGCAACUACAAUUAGUAGUUUGUUAUGUCGUGGUGCUAAUAUGCCAAUCAUGACUGUAAAAUUUUGACUAAUGCAUCACUGGAAAUUAAUGGCUUGAUUUUUCAAGAGACUACCGGAGAUCAAGUAUUACUAUCCAAAUUGUCUACUUUUUAAAUUUAUUAUUUCAUAUUGUCAUACGCUACUUAUUUUUGAGAAAACUAUAAUGCCAAUGCACAAUAGUUAAUUAUAAGACAGAGUUACUUGAUUAUUUCAAAACUUUUGAGGCAGUAAUUAGAUAGAACUUUAGCAUUUGAUUACAUGUACUUUCUUAUUAUUUUAAACUUAAGUAUUUUGUUAUAUAAAUUAUAAAUAUAUGUACUCUUAAGUAUUUUUAUUAUUUUAUUCAGCUGUACACACAUUUUGAGUUAUGUAAAAUUAAUUCAUAUCAAAGUAGUUACUCAAUAACUUUACUGUAGUUCUGCAAAUCUGUAGUUUAUAUUGCAUGUAUUAUAGAUUUUCAUUAUUGCGCAGUUUAUAUACGAAACAGUUUUGUGUACAUACAUACAUUUGGAUAAGGAAAAAAAUUCUAAUUUAUACUUACAUAUUUUAUACUUUAAUUGUGUAUAAUUGCGAUUUUGACAUUAAAUACAUAUGAUAUUAGUUAAA